AUGCCUCUGAAAUGGGCUGAGCUGUUGCGAAAGAAUAUGUUAGCAAUCCUUUUGGCUUCGGACUCUCAAGACGAAAAUAAAAUUUCGAGAGCGUCAAAGAAGGCUAAGCAGUUCCUGAAAACCCGGCCAGGCAGGGGUCGGUUUCACCCUGUAUACCAGCAGGGCGUCGGCUUCUCCACCCCACCUUACGGAACAGCAGCGCCGAUACCUACCGUGACACAGGCGGAUUUCACGGGACCAAAACCACAAAGACCUGGAUUAUGUUUCGGUUGCGGGAGACCAGGGCACUGGAAAUUUGAAUGCAGAGCUGGGGAAACACCCAAGACUUAUGAUAAGAUAAGUAGAAUAGUAGAUGGUAUUGUUAGACAGAAUAAAUUUGAAAAUUUUGAUCAGCAAAAGCAAUUGCUUAAUUUGCCCGGACAGGCCUCAGAAUGUUUGGACGGUGCGCAGGGAAAAACUGUUUGUAUGCAUUGUGAUAACAAGAAUGUUACAAGCGUUCUACAGAAGGGUAACAAAAAGCCUGAUUUACAUAGUGUAGCUGUUGAUAUUAAGGAGUUUUGUGAUAUGAAUGAUAUAACACUGAAGCCUAAAUGGAUACAGAGACAAGACAAUGUCAGAGCAGAUGAAUUAAGCAUAGGACUGCUGGGUAACAUAGCUAGGCAGAUGCAGCAGGAGGGUUUGGCACAGAAUGCCAAAAAUGUUGAUAUUGCCAAAAAGACAGGAAAUCCAGUGACUGGAAUCGCACAUCAGUCCUCAAUAUAUCAAAAUUGUUCGGCGGAUAAAGCGUUUGACGGCAAAAAGAACUUCUCUGAAGAAGAUGAAGAGUUGCCAACAUGCACUUGCAGUGUUACUGACCCUGAGAAAUCCCAUCCAUGGUGGGAAAUGGAUUUUAGGUCAAUGCAUUUGAUUAGUUCAAUAAUAGUCACUGGUCGUUCAGCUUGUGCAGAAGGCUUCUAUGGACAAAACUGCAGCAAAAAUUGUUCACAAAAUUGUAUGAACAACAAUUGCAGCCCCGAGAAUGGCUCCUGUGAGGAGGGAUGUAAACCUGGAUAUGAUUAUUCAAUGAGCACAAACUGCUCACAUGCUUGUGAACAAGGCUUCUAUGGACAAAACUGCAGCAAAAACUGUUCCCAAAAUUGUAUGAACAACAAUUGCAACUCCGAGAAUGGCUCCUGUGAGGAGGGAUGUAAACCAGGAUAUGAUUAUUCGAUCAAUACAACUUGCUCAGAUGCUUGUGCACAAGGCUUCUAUGGACAAAACUGCAGCAAAAGCUGUUCACAAAAGUGUAUGAACAACAAUUGCAACCCCGAGAAUGGCUCCUGUGAAGAGGGAUGUAAACCUGGAUAUGAUUAUUCGAUGAGUACAACUUGUUCAGAUGCGUGUAAACAAGGCUUCUAUGGACAAAACUGCAGCAAAACCUGUUCACAAAAUUGUAUGAACAACAAUUGCAGCCCCGAGAAUGGCUCCUGUGAGGAGGGAUGUAAACCUGGAUAUGAUUAUUCAAUGAGUACAACUUGCUCAGAUGCUUGUGAACAAGGCUUCUAUGGACAAAACUGCAGCAAAACCUGUUCACAAAAUUGUAUGAACAACAACUGCAACCCCGAGAAUGGCUCCUGUGAGGAGGGAUGUAAACCUGGAUUUGAUUAUUCGAUGAGUACAACUUGCUCAGAAGCUUGCGAGCAUGGCUUUUUUGGAUACAAGUGUUCUUCGCCGUGCCGUUGCAAUGGCUACGAUUUCAUUUGUGAUACCAUAUUAGGAAAUUGCUCCUCAGAAUGUUCAUUCGGAUAUGAAGGCCUCAACUGCAGUAUCGCUCUCGUUGGAGUUGACAGUGAACAAAAGGUCUUUCCCUCUGGUGCAGUUGCUGGAGGUGUAAUCGGAGCUCUUUGUGGUGUCGCUGUCAUUGUUGGCGCGGCAUUUUUCUUCUACAGAAGAAAACUCCAGAUCUCACUUUCAGAAGCAUUUCUUAAUAUGCCAGGAUCAAACACACAUACCACAUACUGUUUCAUGUUCGAGUAUAACAAACAUAUUUCAGUUGAACACACCACGGAUACGGAUGUAAAUUACUAUGUGUUUGAAAAUAACAUACCAUGCAUACAGAUUCACCAUCUUUGGGAUUACAUCAGAGAGAACAAUAAAAAAGGCUGCAGACACUUUAAUGACGAGUUUGAAAAGCUUCCAACAGGGCUUGUUCACAAACACGAAGUGGCUGGCAGGGAAGAAAACAAGGGAAAGAGUAGAUACAGGGAGAUGUAUGCAUACGACCACUCCCGCGUGCCGUUACAAAAGGAAAGGGAUGGCGACUGUGAUUACAUUAAUGCGAGCUACAUUCAUGGUUACUGCAAAGCUCGAAAGUUUAUCGCAUCUCAAGGUCCAACGAAUAACAUGAUCAACGAUUUCUGGCGAAUGGUCUGGCAAGAGAAUGCUGAAAAGAUUGUAAUGCUUACUAACCUUAUUGAAAUGGCGACGGUAAAGUGUCUUCAAUAUUGGCCAGAAAUGGACCAAACCUGCUCUUUCGGUGGAAUCGACAUAUCCGUAACUGCUGUGAAAAAGUGUCGAGAUUACGAAAUAAGAACAUUGAUUGCUAAAAAGGCCAAAUGCAAACCCAGGGAAAUUCAACAGUAUCAUUUUAAAGCCUGGCCGGACAAAGAUGUCCCUGACAAUGGAUGGUGUCUAGUUGAGUUCUUGAAUGUUGUUGAAACACAGUCUUCAAACGCUCCGAUCAUAGUACACUGCAGUGCCGGUGUUGGGCGGACAGGCACGUUUGUUGCUCUUGACAACCUUAUAGAACAAGCAAAGACUGAAGAAUGUGUUAAACCUUUGGAGAUGGUAAAAGCCCUGAGGCAGCAACGAGUCAACAUGGUUCAGACAAAGGAUCAGUAUAUAUACUUGCAUGAAGCACUUGCUGAAGCUCUGCUGAUAGGCACUGAUCACAUCUGGCAUAGACAGUUUGAAAAUGUCCAUCCGUUCAUGCUAGCGAGGGAAACAGGAGAAGAACAGACAAGGCUGGUAAAACAGUUUCAGUUGAUUGAAGAAAGUCUGACAAAUGAAGCCGAGCAGGUGCAGAAUGAGCCAGUUUAUGGAAACAUGGAAAUGAUUACUUCAGAAAUUGACGCAUACAGCCCGAAAUUGAAGAAACUUGGUUCGAAUUUUACACAACAGCUCGGCGCAAUCCUUUUGCCAAGCUUUUCCGGAAAUAACACGUUUUUGAUAUGUAAAUCACCAUGUAAAGAGCAGCUGGAAGAGUUUUGGUCUCUUGUUGAGGAGCAGCACGUGAUAACCAUCAUUAUGCUAACCUCUACUUCAAGCCGAGCACACCAGACUUGUGAGUACAUGGGCGGAAAUGAAGAUGGAAAAGUAGGAAGAUAUUCCGUUCACGUCAUACAAGAACGGAAGAACAAAACAUUUAAUGAAAGGAGCUUUUCAUUUCGGGACGAGAACAAUGAGGACGAGGACUAUCAGACAACAAUAAAACAGUUUCAAAUCGGCGGUUGGACUGAAAACGAGCCACUCCCGCCAAUACAAAACAUGUUAGACUGCCUCGAUGCUGUAAGAAAAUGGCAGCCGCACCUAGCCGAAAACAGACCUGUUUUGAUUCACUGCGAAACGGGACAUGAGCGGAGUGGAUUGAUUGCAGUUCUUUUGAAUGAGCUUCAUCGCAUGGAAAAGACACGAGGUCAGAUAAACAUCGUGGAAACUGUAAAGACAAUGAAACCGAGAAACAGGGACAUCAUACCUAAUACUGUCCAGUACAAAUUCAUUUACGAUUCACUUUUGGAACAUGCCAGGAACAUAACGGACUAUGAGAAUAUUUAAAGAAAACCUGCAAAAAAUCUUAAAAUUGACAAUGGCUUAGUACUGAAGUAUGCUGUCCGAAAAUAAAAUAAAACGUUUAUAUGGA